UAGCAGUGGUUUAAAGGGCAAAACAUACUGUGUUUGGUGAACAAGGAAUGAAACUUAUGUGAUAAACUCUGGGAGGAAUGUAUUUAUAAGACAUACAGUUGUCUGUGGUGCAUAAGGUGCACCAUUUAGCUUGUGUUGGUGACAAAUCUUCAUGGAUGUUUUGGGAAGCAUUCCAUAGUUUAUAUAUUUUGUUUAAACAUGUGCUUUCCUCAGACAACAUUGUGUUUGCUUUAUGAUUAAAUUGUACAGAAUAUUGUUAUCAUUUUUUGGUAGUUUUUGAAGUGGUAAAUCUUUUAAAUCCUAUCAUACAAGUCAUGAUACUGGUAAGAGAUACGAUUGAUUACGUUCGAUUAUUCACCAGUCAAUAUUUGUUUUCUUUGCGUAACAGUUUGAAAGAAAGUCACACGAUACUACAAGGUGAAACUAUGUAAUAGUGAUUAUUCAUAAACCGUGUUAAGUUUUUCAUAAUUAUCUUGGUGGAUAAUUGGUAAAUAAAGCGUGAAGAGAGGGUAUUAAGAUUAGCUAUGGAUGUUAAAAAAUGUGUUCAUUUCAGGUAAAUGAGUUAUAGAUCAUUGAAGAUGGUAGUUGAAUUGGAAAAGGUGAAUAUUGGAUUUGAAUAGCAAUUAUGUUCAUUUUGGAUAAAUGGAUAUAUAUUAAUUAAGAGCCAGCCUGGUUUGUUAUGUGUGGCAUGAACCUUGGGAUUAUCAAACCCAACAAAAGUCAGAAUGGCGGAAAUGAGGAGCAAUGGCGGAUCUCGUACUCGAUUCUCUGAGCGCAAAAUAUUUCGGUCAUCAAUUCACAUACGUCUAGGUGGCAGUAGAAGCAGAAGCAUUGAUGAAGGAUCAGAUAUUCACUCGUUGGACCCUGACACUGUGAAGCUAGUGAACACUGCUCUCGAGGCAGGCAGCAAAGAGAGAGCUCCAGAGUUUGCCCUCAAACCAAAACGACAGUUCAUCAACGAGGGUGAGACGGCCAAGUUCAAGGCCUCCUUUGAUGGCUGCCCAGAGCCCACACUGUGUUGGCUCUUCAAUGGGAAGAUAAUUGAGGCUGAUGAUAGGCAUAAGAUCUAUUCGGAGGAAGACAUUCACAUUCUUGAAGUACUAAAGACAGUGCCUGCAGACAACGGCAACUACGAGGUCAAAAUUGUGAACUCUGCAGGGGAGGCAACUGCUUCAGCUGACCUUGAAGUGUUUGUGCGCCCAAAGUCCCAGACUGGCAAGAAGUCCAUGUUUGUGGCUCCCACUGUCGACAUACCCCUGGAGGACACAGAAUUUGCCGACAAGGAAAAAGAUGCAACUCUCGUGUGCAAGUUCCACAAUGCAAUUGACGGGAAAGCCAGAUGGCUUAAAGACGGCAGAGAGGUCAGCUCAUUCCAGACAAAAGCGACCUUUGACGGGCGCACUGCUAAGCUUGUUCUACGUGAGGCGUCUAAGAAAAUCUGCGGAACCUAUGAGUGCAUCGUGAAGAACUCCGGUGGAGAGGCAAAGUCAAAGGCUGAGGUGUCGUUAAUGGAUCCGAAAGUUGUUCCAGUUCCCCCUAAGUUCACAGUGAGCCUUGCAGAUACAGAUAUUGACCUUGGUGAAAAACUGGUCCUUGAAACACAGGUCACAGGUAAACCGCGACCUUCAUUGAAGUGGUACAAAGACAAUCAGGAACUUGGUUCCUCUCAAGAUAUCCGCAUGGAGUACAAAGAGGGCAAAGGUCGUCUCAUAGUGGAUAACCUUGACCCUGCAGAAGGGUCAAAGUUCACCUGUGUGGCUAAAAAUAUCGCCGGUGAAGACACUACCGUGGCCGCUGUGAAAGUGACAGGAUCCUCUGACCAACACGACCCUCCAAUAUUCACAAAAGAACUCUCAGAUAUGGAUGUCAAGGAUGGAAACAGAGUGGAACUGAGUGUGGAGGUCAAAGGUACCCCACCCAUUGAUAUUGUCUGGGUGCACAACAACCGAGAAAUCCCGCACACAGACCCUGUGUGCCGCAUGGUUACCAGGGGUAACACCCACAUGCUCAUCAUCCCGGAAGUGUUCCCGGAGGAUUCUGGGGAAUACGUGUGCGAGGCAUACAAUAGCUACGGCGAUACUGACACCUUCUGUAGAUUGAAUGUGCAUGAAGCAGACGACUCCACGCAAAUCGAAGAAAUCCAACAGACCGCGCCCGUCUUUGUGAUCCGUCCAUCAAACGCUCACGUCUGUGAUCACGAAAGUGUGACCUUGAAGUGCCAAGUGUCGGGCGAACCCCCACCCUCCGUUCAGUGGCAGCGUGGGAGACAAACCCUCAAACACGGGGACAAAUACAAGAUCAGUAGUAUAGGAGAUGAACACUUUCUAGAAAUUGUGUCAGCCACAACUAACGACAUCGGCCAGUACACUUGUACACUGUGUAACCUGCACGGGUCUACGAGUGCCACGUGCGAUCUGACAGUAGGAGAGGUCACUCCAAACAACUCACUCCCGUCACGCUUUCUGCUUAGGAAAAGAUCUCAAGAUAUUUAUAACGGAAAGUCCAGUACCACAGACUCUGAAGGUUCUGAUAUUUCAUCCAGUGAGGCAGAACAGUUUAAAUCUUCAUUUGCAUUAAAACGAAGCAGCCUGCCACUAGUAAGCUCAUCUCCCAAGCAACAAAUAUCCGAACCAAAGUACAGUCGAGCCGUUAGCUCACCAGGAACUAGUACCCAUGUUACUAGUGUGUGUAUUCCUACUCCAACAAUAAAAGAAGUUCCAGAAGAAAUAAUUAAACCUAAAGUUAUAGAAUUUGAUUUUACAAAACGUUCUAUCAAAUGCAAAGAAAUAGCUGGUAAAAAAAACGAAAGUAUUAAAGAUAACCAGUAUAUAGAAAAUAAAUCUUUAAGUGAUAAAAGUAGUUCCUCUGAUAAAAUAUAUCAUGCUUCAGAAGUGAAAAUAGUUAAAAACGUAGCUCAAUCUCAAGAAACAGAUAUCAAAGCAGCAUUUGUAGAAAGUGUUCCCAUUCCUGGGAAGAACUUGCCUGUAAACAAAUUAAAAUCUCCAAAGUCACUGUCCUAUGAAAAUAAAGGGGGCAUAACUCAGGUCGAUUUCCGUGGACUGCUUAAAAACACUAGUGACAAGCCUUCAGACUCAUCAGACUCUACAGUGAGUUCAGGAAAGCCUUUAUGUGAAACUGAUCAAGGUUUCUUGAAGUCCGCGUCAAAGGAACCCAAAGUUGAUCUAUCUCAGAGAAAGAAACUCUUUGAAAGAUCUUUGACCAAUGAAAGUGUUCCAAACGGUGUUCACAAAAAGAGUGACAAGUCUGUUGUUAAAGCAGGAAAAAUAGACAAAGCUCAGAAACAGUUUGAAAGUCAAACAUUGGAGACAAAAUCUGAUUUUAGGACCGUUCUUAAGCCAAGGAAAGACAACUCUUCUUCUGAAAAAAUACCCAUCGGUGAGGAAGUAAAACAGGUGGAUUUCCGCAAUCUGCUAAAGCAUAAAAUAAGUGCUGAAUCUGUGAGCGACAAAAAAACUGAGGUCAGGUCAACUGCAGUUACUGUUACACAAAGCGAUUCAAACAAUUCCAGCCCAAGUGCAUUUGAAACUUUUGCAAAACUUGAAAAAACAUCUACAGCGCAAUUAUCCCUCUUGGAAAAAAGACAAAGCAAAGCUAAUGCGGGCAAAUUAACUUUAGACUUAAAGAAACCUAAAGAAAAUAAAUCCAGGGCUGUUGCAAGCAAGUUUGACUUUAAGAGUGUUUUGACUUCAAAAGAGAGUGAACAUCUAAAAGCUCAUUGUAAAUAUAAUGGUGAAGUAGUGAAACCUCAGCCAAGGCGGAUUUCUCAAUCAAAAUUGGCCGUCAUGGAAACAAAACCAGUGUUCAAAGACCAGCUGUGUGAUUGUUCAGUGGAACAUGGAAGCCAAGUGGUGCUGGAAUGUCAGGUGACUGGAAUACCUCCCCCCAAUGUGAGCUGGUCUGUCAACAAAACAGAAAUCAAGCAAAGCAAGUAUUUCCGCAUGUCCUACACAGAGGACCGGGCUAAGUUGGUGAUUGCUGAGGUCUACUCUGAGGACGAGGGUGAAUACACGUGCACAGCAACAAAUGCUUCCGGUUCCGCACAGACCUCUUGUAAUAUUGUAGUUCUAGAUCGACCAGAUUCCCCCGUUAACUUGGAGGAUGAAAAUGACGAGCCUUUCUCCCCCACUGCAACUCCCCCCAAAAUCUACAACAUCUGUCCAGCUGAGUUCUGCAUUAAGCGUGGGGGCACUAUCGAGUUCAAGGCCUCGUAUACGUCAGUGCCACCAGGAACCGUGAUGUGGUAUAAGAACAAAGAAGAACUCAAGUCAGAUUCCAGGCGAAAGAUUGAAACCAGCGAACAUUUCAGCACAUUAACUAUUGAUAACAUUCAACCAUCAGACAGUGGCAAAUUUUACAUAAGUGUGGAAAAUAGACUCGGCCAUGAUACAGCCUUUGCUUCACUAACUGUUGAAGAUGUUCCCGAGCCACCUGCAGGUCAACCUGGAGUCAGUGAAGUUACCUUGACCUCAGCCACGGUGUCCUGGUACGGACCCGCCUUUGAUGGGGGUUGUCCUGUUUCUAAUUAUAGACUUGAAAUGUGUGACGCUGAAGAGCAGGAGUGGACACUAGUAACAUCUAAGUGCAUAAGCACCACAUACAGAGUUGAUCAGCUGAAACCCCACACACCCUACUUCUUUAGAGUGUUUGCCGAGAACAAACAUGGGCUCAGCCAGCCAUGUCAGACGCCCGAGGUCACGGUUACCUCCGACAGACGACCCUCCGCCUUCCUUAGAUUGCCCAGCACAGAGUCUGAUGAUGUGUUCAUGCACGAGACUAAUGAGCCAUUCACGCCCCUGUCAGAAUAUGGUCUAGUCUCGCCUCUCUCACCAGUUGCUUUGCCAAGUAGAAUUGAUCAUGGUGAUACUGAUGAAGUGCCGUUUGAACAUCGCGAGGUGACACUCAAACCUGGUCGUGUGUUCGAAAACUUCUACUCAACCAUAGAGGAAGUUGGAAAGGGCAAAUUUGGCACCGUGUUCAAGUGUGAGGAGAAGGCAACGGGCAAGAUCUGGGCGGCGAAGGUUAUCAAGUGUAGCGACGAGGCACAGAGAAAGAAGUUCAAGCUUGAGAUCGAGAUUAUGAACCAACUGCAGCAUCCCAAGAUCCUCCUGCUCUGGGAUGCGUUUGAAGGCCCGCGCAAAAGCAUCCUCGUCAUGGAGUAUAUCGGAGGGGGAGAACUGUUUGAGCGCCUGACGGACGACGACUUUGACCUGUUGGAGCGUGACUGUAUCCAGUUCAUGCGGCAGAUCUGUGACGCGGUCCACUACAUGCACACGCGCAACAUUCUGCACCUAGACCUGAAGCCUGAGAACAUCCUCUGCAUCAAAAAUGAGAGCAACAAGAUCAAGAUUAUAGACUUUGGUCUCGCAAGGUAUUAUAGGAAAGGGGAGAGCGUCCGUGUUCUGUUCGGAACUCCAGAGUUUGUUGCCCCCGAGGUUAUCAACUAUGAUGAGAUUGGUUUUACCACGGACAUGUGGAGCGUGGGAGUAGUAUGCUAUCUUCUACUGGCAGGGGACACCCCAUUCAGGGGGGACUCUGAUGUGGAGACUCUCACAAACGUGACAAAGGGCGAGUUUGAAAUGGAUGAAGAGGACUUUAACAGUGUAUCCCAGGACGCAAAAAACUUUAUCAACAGUCUCCUCAUGAAAAACAAAGACAAGAGACUGAGCAGCCAGAAGGCCCUUGAGCACCCGUGGCUUGCAGAGGACACACAACUGAAAAACCAUCGCAUAAACACCAAGAAUCUCAAGCGGUUCAUGGCGCGCAGAAAGUGGCAGAAAACCGGAAAUGCUAUUCGAGCUUUGGGGCGGAUUACAUUAAGUCAAAAGAUGUUAAAGAACAACAACUCUACCAAAGAUAGUAGCUCUUCAACCGCUUCUGGUGAAGGUUCACAAUCUAGUUCAAGUAGUAGUCUAGGGUCAGGUGGUACAUUAACAGUUACUGAAAAUAGCACUUCCUCUUUAAAGGAAAGCACCAGAAACAAGGAAGUGACGGCCAAUAAAAAGGGUGAACAUUCAAAUGUGACCAAUCAGAAUAAAGGUGGUGGCUCAGCAAAACAGACACAUACAGGUGAUGGACUUGAUGUAAACAAUUACACGAAAUAUGAUCAAGACCUUGAAAAAAGAAUGUCUGAUCAUCUUGCAAGUGUGGAUUUAAAUUCAAAUGAAAGAAACUCUGCCCUUCCAAAAUCACCCAAUCAGAAAUCUGGAAAUUGCGACGUUUCCAUGCAGAAAACUGAUUUGUGUGACAACUGCAUUAAAAAUACAUCUUUAUAUCACAAUUCUCAUUCACAAUCAAUGAAACCAUCUUGUACCAUAUUUAACAAGAAAAUGGUGGACACUCAAGCGUUUCCAGGAGACGUCGUUAGAUUUGACAUUGGAUUUGAAGCAGACGCACAAACAACAGUGACUUGGUAUUUUGAAGACGAGAUAAUAGUGGAAGAUAACCGCCACAGUAUUCUAAAAAGCAAGGAAACUUGCUCAUUGAUAAUUAAAGACGUCUGCGAGGAUGACGAUGGUGAAUACUCAUGUAAAAUCGUGAAUUCCAAAGGAGAAGAUGAGUGUUCUUCAGAACUCAUCGUGUACGGUGCAUUAUGAAACAAUCUGGAAUAUGGAGUGCACUGACGAUUGGAGUUUGAAUAUCAGUAUUUUGAAUUCACAGAAACGAAUAAUGUUUUAUUCGAAAUCUGUUUGAGUUCAUCCCAAUCAUGUAAGAUCCAAUGAGAGUCUCUCUCUGUGUCUGAUAUAUUCAUUUAUGCAGAUGAGUGGACUUUGUCAUGAAUAUGCAACAUCUUACAUAUGCAUGAGGUAAUGAGGUACUAUACUGUGCCAGUUAAAACAAUCAGGUUGUAUGUAACCCCUCCUCUGGUCCAAUCAGAGUUGAGGCUUUUACCUGAUAAGAGAUUUGAAAUUAACCAAUCAAAAUCAGUCUGUGAUUUACUCCAGACUGCAUGCAGACGAUUGAUAAAGAGACAGAUACACAGAUUAUGACAAAAUAUAAUCGUAGCUCCAAGCCUCAUAGCCCUAGUUUGUAGUAAGUAGUGCAUGAUAAAUUUGUUGAAGCCUUAUUUAUGCAAUUUUUUAAAACUAGAGACAGAUCCAAUUAACAAAAACAGACAAUAGAAAACUGUUAUUUAAAGUGUUAUUCUUAAGAGUUUUAAUAAAUGCAUUGUUAUUGUUGUUACAUUUAAAUAAUUAUAAUAUCAAAAGUGAAAGGGUAACACGAUCAUACUAUGUAUCUAUAUUUUUAAUUUUUCAAAUGUUUACGGCUUCUAAGAUAUUAUCGUGUGUAAGUUUUUCUACAGUGUAUGAUAAACUAUGUGAUUCUAUUUCUCUCUAAAAUGCUUGUAUUUACUGACAACGCUUGGCCAUCAUCAACAUAGACAUACACC